UAUAGUUGACAGAAACAAAAUUCAAUUCAUUCACAAAGCCACACAACAAUAGUAGAAUGGUGGUGAAGUUUCUACUAUUAGUUUUCAUCCAAUACAAUUGGAGUCGAGGUCAAAAAGGUCCAUGCAGAGAUCAUAACUUUGGAUGCUGUGUCGGAACUAAAUGGGAUGAAUCCCAGGGAAAAUGUACAGAUUGUAAGCUUGGCUAUCAUGGUCCUAAUUGUAAAUUAGUUUGUGAAUAUCCGCGCUUCGGUAUGCGGUGUAUGGCAGUCUGUAAUUGCACGAACAGCAGCUGUAACUUCCGGACAGGAUGUCCAGAGAAUGGUUUGUACGAAAACGUAAUCUGUUUAAAUGUUACUGGCUUUCAAAACCCCUGUCCGUAUGAGAAAUCCUCUGUCUUUCUCUGUAUCCCACAGCAUUUUCACAGUUGUCUAUGGUAUAUCUUUAAUAUGAAAGAAAAGGGAGGAGAAGAGAAAGAUAUAAAUAAUAUAAAGACUGAGGUUGUUCACCCUUACAUACUUUAG